AUGGCUUCCAUCGCUAUGUGGCUCGCAGUUUUGGCUGCAACGUCAACCACGGCAUCACCCGUCCUUUCGGCUAAGGCUGGAACCAACACCCUCAACGUAGAUGUAGACCUCCAAGGCGUUACUUCAGCAGUCAGGUCCCUCUUCCUCCCCGGCUCGCUCGACGCUACAACACCAACGAACUCUUCGAGAUGCAAAGUCUACCCCGAUGACCCCCAAUGGCCUUCCGAUGAGGCUUGGUCCCAGCUCAGUAAACUCACUGGCGACCGCGUCAUCAGUGCACCCACUCCAUUGGCAGCAGUAUGCUACCCUGGUGAAGACUACAACGCCGCAAAAUGUUCCGAGUACACUGUGGCAGCAUGGCAGAAGUCAUAUAUCCAUAUGAUCGACCCUAUUGAGAUGAUGUCCCCAGUCGCUCAAGGCCUGACCUGUGCCCCACCGGUUCUUUACGACUCGCAUGGCUGCACUCGCGGAGGCUUCCCCAUGUACGUUGUCAACGCGACUGAACCCAAGCACGUCCAGCUCGCCGUCAACUUCGCUCGUAACUCGGGUGUCAGACUUGUCGUUAAGAACACUGGCCACGACUUCCUCGGCAAGAGUGGUGGCAAGGAUGCUCUUAGCAUCUGGACGCACAACAUGAAGGACAUCAAGUAUAUCGAAGAGUACGUCGAUGAGAAGCUCAACUACACUGGCCCUGCAUUCAAGAGCGGUGUUGGUGUCCAGGCUUUCGAGAUUUACAAGGCUGCCGCUGAGAAGGGCAGAAUCGUCGUUGGUGGUGAAGGCGAGACGGUCGGAGUCAUGGGAGGAUACAUCCAAGGAGGUGGUCACUCUCCUUUGACCGGACUGUACGGCACUGGCGCUGACAGUGUGCUUUCCAUGGAGGUCGUUAGGGCUGAUGGCGAGUUCGUCGUCGCAAACUCUACCUCCAACACGGAUCUUUUCUGGGCCCUGCGCGGUGGCGGUGGCAGUACCUUUGGCGUCGUCACCUCCGUGACCGUCAAGGCCCACCCCGACCUUGAGGUCACAGCCUCCCGGUUUGGUUUCAACUCCAAGGACACAGGCAACGAGACGUUCUGGGCCGCCAUCCGCUCAUACGUCGACCUGUGGAUCGACAACGCCGAUGCCGGUACAUACACAUACUGGACUCUUAUCCCCUCCAACGGCACCUUUGCGUUCGCAUUCUCGCCCUUCUUCGCGCCGGGCAAGAAUGUAGAGCAAGCCACCGCACUCCUUCAGCCCUGGUUCAACAAGCUCGAUGACUUGGGUGUCAAGUAUGACCCCAACAUCACUCACUUCGACAACUACUACGACGCGUGGCGCUCGUCCUUCCCUCUCGAAGCCGUUCAGAAGCCCAACGUAGCAACUGCAUCGCGCCUGUUCCCCCGCGCCAACUUCGAGACAGCGGAGAAGCGUCAAGAAGUAUACGAGAACAUCCGCCGAUCGAGCGAGAAGAACCGCGUACAAGUCCACUUCAACAUGCAAGCUAAAGACCCAUACAACACUGACAACGCUGUCAACACUCACUGGCGCCCGCUCGUCUCCUUCAGCAUGCAAUCCGUACGCUGGCCAAUCAACAGCACCGCCGAGGAGAUCCUGAGGAUCCGCAAGGAGUUCCAGGCAGGCGAUAUGCAGGCCUGGAGAGACAUUAGCCCUGGUGCUGGAUCCUACCUUGCUGAGGCUGAUCGUCUCGAGCCUGACUUUGGCAAUGCUUUCUUCGGUGAUAACUACCCUAAGUUGUUGGAGUUGAAGAAGAAGCUUGACCCUCAGGAUGUGUUCUUUGCGACUACCGGUGUGGGUAGCGAGAGGUGGAGGGUAGAGAGCGUGGACGGCCUACCGAAUGAGAACGGCAAGCUUUGCCGUGUUUAG